UGGGACGUGCCAGCCAGACGGAGGCGGCGCUGCUUGUGCUGUGUUCUCCCGCAGUGCAGCAGGACGGUUGCACUUCAGGUCUCUGCCUGUCAGCCCGCUCCAGGACCAGGACCAUGGCACAGCAGGCCCCCAUCGACCCCACCAAGAUGGGCGAGGGUCGCGCCAUUGCUGUUCUGACCUCCGGAGGCGAUGCGCAGGGAAUGAAUGCAGCUGUGAGAGCCACAGUACGAGUGGGACUGUACACUGGAGCCAAGGUUUACUUUGUUCACGAGGGUUACCAGGGUCUGGUGGAUGGAGGCGACCACAUUCGCCCGGCCACGUGGGAGAGUGUGUCGAUGAUGCUGCAGCUGGGUGGGACGGUGAUCGGCAGCGCCCGAUGUCAAGAUUUCCGCACAAAGGAGGGCCGCACGAAGGCUGCCUACAACCUGGUGAAGCUGGGCAUCACCAACCUGUGUGUCAUUGGGGGCGACGGCAGUCUGACAGGCGCCAACCAGUUCCGGACGGAGUGGAAAGAUCUCCUAGCAGAUCUAAUAAAAGACGGAAAAAUCACAGCAACUGAGGCAAAAAGUUCCUCCCACCUCAACAUUGUUGGCAUGGUGGGCUCUAUUGACAACGACUUCUGUGGAACUGACAUGACCAUUGGCACUGACUCCGCCCUGCAUCGCAUCAUCGAGAUAGUGGACGCCAUCACCACCACGGCGCAGAGUCACCAGAGGACCUUUAUUCUGGAAGUUAUGGGACGGCAUUGUGGCUACCUGGCUCUGGUGACGGCUCUGGCCUGUGGAGCCGACUGGGUGUUCAUCCCGGAGAUGCCUCCUGAUGAGGGAUGGGAGGAUCAUCUGUGCAGGAGGCUGACAGAGCAACGAGGCCGUGGCUCUCGGUUGAACAUCAUUAUUGUUGCUGAGGGGGCGAUAGACCGCCACGGUAAACCAAUCACCUGCGACCUGAUCAAGGAGCUGGUAUCAAAGAAGCUCGGCUUUGACACCCGGACCACCAUCCUGGGACAUGUGCAGAGAGGAGGAACGCCCUCCGCUUUCGACCGGAUCCUGGCGAGCAGGAUGGGGGUGGAGGCCGUCAUGGCCCUCCUGGAAGCCACGCCCGACACGCCGGCCUGUGUGGUCAGCUUGUCUGGAAACAUGGCGGUCCGGCUGCCUCUCAUGGAGUGUGUGCAAGUGACUAAGGAUGUCACAACAGCCAUGGCUGAAGGCCGGUUUGAUGAAGCCGUGAAGCUCAGGGGAAAGAGUUUUGAGAAUAACUGGAAUACGUACAAAAUGCUCGCCCACAUCCAUCCACCAGAAACUAAAAGUAACAUCAACAUCGCCAUAUUGAACGUAGGCGCUCCAUGUGCAGGAAUGAACGCUGCCGUCCGAGCAGCGGUCAGGAUCGGGCUCCUCCAGGGACAUCAGAUGCUGGCAGUGCAUGACAGCUUCGAUGGUCUGGCUCAUGGGAUGAUCGAGCCCAUUACUUGGGCGGGGGUGGCAGGAUGGACGGGAAAGGGGGGGUCCAUACUAGGCACUAAAAGAUCUUUGCCACAUGAGUUCAUGGAGGAAAUCAGUCUGAGCAUCACCAAGUUCAACAUCCACGGGAUUGUCAUCAUCGGGGGCUUUGAGGCUUUCCUGGGAGGUCUGGAGAUGGUGCAAGCAAGAGAGAAGUACGAGGAGCUCUGCAUUCCACUCGUGAUUGUUCCUGCCACCGUGUCCAACAACGUCCCGGGAUCCGACUUCAGCAUCGGAGCCGACACCGCCCUCAACAUGAUCACCAUGACGUGUGACAGGAUCAAGCAAUCUGCUGCUGGCACCAAGAGAAGAGUGUUCAUCGUCGAGACCAUGGGAGGGUUCUGUGGUUACCUGGCAACCAUGGCGGGGUUGGCGUCUGGAGCUGAUGCUGCCUACAUUUACGAAGAGCCGUUCAACAUUCAUCACCUUGAGAUGAAUGUAGAACAUCUGGUUGAGAAGAUGAAGACAACAGUGAAGAGAGGACUCAUUCUCAGAAAUGAGAAAUGCAACGCUAACUACACCACCGACUUCAUCUUCAACCUCUAUUCUGAGGAGGGAAAGGGAGUUUUCGACUGCAGGAAGAAUGUUCUUGGACACAUGCAGCAGGGUGGCACUCCAAGUCCUUUUGACAGGAACUUCGGCACAAAGAUGGGAAUCAAGUCUGUCCUCUGGUUGACUGACAAGCUGAAAGAAUGCUACAGACAUGGUCGCAUCUUUGCCAACUCUCAAGACUCCGCCUGUGUGCUGGGUAUGAGGAAGAGAGCUUUGGUGUUCCAGCCUUUGGCAGAACUCAAAGAAGAAACUGACUUUGAACAUCGUAUUCCAAAGAAACAGUGGUGGUUAGGACUGAGGCCCAUCCUGAAGAUCCUGGCAAAGUACAAGAUCAACCUGGAUAUUUCUCACAAAGCAGCGAUGGAACACGUCAUCAAAAGGAGAGGCUUAGUCCCUCAAUAGCCUUCAUAUGAAUAUAUGGAAAACUACUAGAACUCAGUUCUAACACCAGUGCAAUACAAAUCAAAGUUACUCAAUAAAACCUUUCAGAUCACAUGAGAAAGUGAUCAUUGUUGCACUUUACUGCAAGAAAAACGAAAGAUGUCACAGUUUAUUAAAGUUCUUCCAAAACACUUUUGGGACACUUAACAGUGUGCUUUAAACAAACUCAAAGAAUAAAAGCAAUAAAACAAAUAUAAAUGGAGUUUA